AUGAGUAGUCUAAAAGUUGAGGAUUCUUCGAGAUGUUUUCAAAAGGAGAACAUGAUAGUGGUGAAAGUAAUCGGAUGGAUCUGGGCUUUGGUGAAGGAGACAAAAGGGUCUGAUACGGAGGUAGGCGGAAGUGAUAAUGGGGCUGAAAUGAUAAAUUCAUUAGAGGGAAAACUAGGGCAGGAGAAAGUAAAGAGCGAAGGGUCAUCGAAGAAAAUGCAAAAAGGAGAGGCUGAGGAUGAUGGGUUUUAUUAUUGUGAUGUUUGUGAGGCACGGAAGUUGAAGAACACCAACAUAAAUAUCGACAAUACAUUUAAUGUGAUUAACUUUGGAGCUAUUGGAGAUGGACAGAAAGAUGAUUCUAAGAUGUUUAAGCAUGCCUGGGAUGCUGCUUGUGAUACUUCAGCUCCAUCACCAACCUUUCUUGUACCUCAAGGGAAGACGUAUCUGCUGCAACCUUUAACUUUCAAUGGCAAACAUUGCAACUCUAAUAACAUUACGUUGCAGAUUGAUGGGAGAAUCAUAGCCCCAACCAAACCUUCUGCAUGGGACUGUGAAACAAAUUGUAACCAUUGGAUUGGCUUUGAAAAUUUCGAUGGUCUGCACAUUCAAGGAUCUGGUACCAUCAAUGGCCAGGGAGAUAAAUGGUGGAAACUUUCUUGCAAAGAUAACGAAAAGUCCUGUCAACAUCGGAAACCAACGGGUUUUAUGAUAGGACACUCCAAGAAUGUAGAUAUCAAAGGUUUAACCUUUGAAGACAGUCCACAAAUGCACAUUGCAUUCGAAAGCUCUACUUUGAUUCAUGCCACUGAACUUACAAUCAGAGCUCCGGGACACAGUCCCAACACUGACGGAAUUCACAUCCAACGUUCCACCAAUGUCUCUAUAGAUAAUUCAACCAUUCAAACCGGUGAUGAUUGCAUAUCAAUUGGCAAUGAAUCUAAAUACAUUAACAUUAGUAACAUCAAAUGCGGUCCAGGUCAUGGAAUAAGCAUUGGGAGCCUUGGAAUUAUGGGAAAAACUGAGGAUGUUGAAUUUGUUCAUGUAAGAAAUGUUACAUUCCAUGGAACAACUAAUGGAGUUAGAAUCAAAACUUGGCAGCUUUCAUGCAAGGAGUCCAUUCCUUGCAAAAAUAUCACAAUGAAAGACAUUAACUUGAUAUACGAGAAGCAUAAAGACAAAACGUCAUCGUAUUGUCUUAAUGCUCGUGGCUUGAGAAACGGAAGGGUCCAUCAAGUUCGAUUAAGCACGUCUCUGAUGUGGGCUAGUAGUGGAGCGUACGGCUCGGUGGAGGCGAGCGACGUGCGGUGGUGGUGCGCUGGGCGUGGGCACAAGCAACAGCUUGCCUAA